UUUUUUUUUUUUUUUUUUUUUUUAAAAAAAAAAAAUCUUUUUUGAUUACUUUUAUUUAAAAAAAUCAAAAAAGAAAUACUUUUCUUUCGCAGAUCUUAUCGAAAAGAUCGACAUCAAAAAGGAAAUGGUUCAAUUUAAUUUAACAAACGUAACAAGUGCAUUAAAAUCAGUAUUAAAACCACCACAUUGUCGAACCUUUUUUAAUGUAUUAUCAUCAAAAAAGACUUAUGAUGGGCAUAAGGUGAUUGGAUAUACGCAGAAACAGCUUUAUGAUGUUGUAUCAAAUAUUGAUGAAUAUAAAAAUUUCAUUCCUUAUUGUACAAAUUCAGAAGUAUUAAAAAUACAGGAAAUUAGUAAUAGAGAAAAAAAACUUACGGCUGUAUUAGGGGUGGGAUUUAAUGGAAUCUCGGAGACUUACAUAUCUGAUGUAACAUGUGAGAAACCAGGAUUAGUGAGAGCAGAUGUAUCAGAUGACUUGUUUAAAAAUUUAUCAGCUGAAUGGAAAAUAACUCCACAUAGUGAUUCUUCAUCAUCACAUUGUGAUUUGAAUUUUCAUUUAGAAUAUGAAUUUUAUUCAGUUGUGUAUUCACAACUUGCAAGUGUAUUCUUUGAUGAUAUGAAUAUGAUGAUAAUUGAUGCUUUUGAAAGAAGAUGUAAUACACUUUAUGGUCCACCUGCUUCUACUAUUUAGAAUUAAAUAAACCCCCCUAAUUAGAUUUCCUUUUUAAAAGACAUUUUGAAUAAUUUUUUUUUUCUUUUUGGAGUACAAAUAAUAAUAUAAAUAUUUGUACUUCAAAAAAAAAAUCGAAUAUUUUUAUUAUAAUAAUAAUAAUCUCUAUAAAUAAAUCCAAAGAUAAUAUUUAAGUAGUACUAAAUAUAUAGUUGUGAAACAACAGAUAAGUUUUUUCUGAUUAUGAAUACCUAUAAUGAAAUAGAUGUUAUUUAGAUAUACGAUAAUGUAAUAUGAAUAUUCCGAAUAUUCCGAAUUUCUCAGAAUGAAUGGUCUGUUCAUAUCUGAGAACGAUAAUCCGGAAUACAAAGUA